CCCACCGGUUGGUUAGAUGCUUCCUCAUUUGUCAGUGCAAUAUCUGGAAACGCCGCACGUUUGACCGGACUAUAUCCUUCCAAAGGACGUAUUAAUCCCGGUUCAGAUGCGGACUUGGUCUUCUGGCCAGUCGGAAGUCAGCAACAUUCGGGAUCCGGUCGACCGAUUGCUGUAUUACUUCGUGGUCAAGUAAUGGCUCGUGAGGGUAAACUGGCACACCAAACUGUGGACAACAAUCCACCGGUAACCAUUGAACGACAAUCUGUACCGGAUGAGGAACCUCGACCACAUGGUGCGUAUCUGGACGUGAGGCCAUUCCCAGCGGCAGUCUAUGGGCCAGUUCAUGCCACUGAUCGACUGAGGAAAAGACAUCAAUAUGUGAAAAACCGAGGUCCGUGGGCUAUGGGUGCACUUAACGAUGAACUGACGACAGAUAAAACCACUGCGGAUCCCACCAAAGGUGAUCACACCUCACCUGUGCCAUCAGCGUCCGCGGUCGCGACGGAUAAACAAAGAAUUACACAGACCAUAACAACCGAUUCUCCUUCUGUGCGUAUGGUACAUGGACAUCGGGAUCUACACGCUUCGGGAUUCUCAUUGAGUGGUGCACAAAUAGAUGAUAAUCAACCUUUGCGUUCCGGAAUUCGUACCAGUCAACCACCAGGUGGUGUAUCACGUAAUCCUUUAUGGUGA